AUGGCUAUUACUACUCGAGCUAAACAUCGUCAACUUGAAAAACAACAAAGUACAUUAUCUGAAGAUGAUAGAUUUAGUGAAAAUCAGUUUUUAGAUUAUAUCUCAGAUGAUAAUGAUAUUUUUGUUGAUAAUUAUAAUGGUGAUAAAACUAAUAGUAAUAAUGAAAAAGACUAUUU